AUGGAAACCCCAUCGUCAACGACAAGAAGAGUGACGAGAUCACAGACUAUGGCCGCCGCCGCCGCCGCCAGUGGCACCACCAAUCUACUCCUCUCAAGGAAAACAGAAGAGGCGGAGAAGACAGGAGCGAAAUUGAAGCAGCAGCAGGACCGAUAUGCCCUAAUUGACAUAACCAAUGAUUCGCCCAUUGUCGGGCUUGCGAUGGGAAGCCUACGGACCCCUUCAUCGGCCAUGUCCAAGAAGAAGACGGCCCGCACCCCUGGCUCGGGCGAGGCCCUUCUGAGAGGCCAGGUGAAGACCCUCUUGCAGAAGGUGGAAGAGGAGGCAGAGCUGUUCCACAACAGGCAUCUCUUCAGCUCUCCUAUCAACCUUGCUGCCCCCACGCCUGCAAACACCCCCCAAAUACCCAACCUCUCCUCUCUCGACGAGAUUGUCGUUGUCCCACAGGUGGUGAUGAGUGAGGAGAAGAAGAAACAAGAGGAGAGGGUGAUUGAGGCUGAGGAUGUUGUGAUCACAAGGUCGCUGCUGUUGGAUUUUUCCGAGAAGUCGCCGGAAUCAACAGAGGGUGACGAUGAUGCGGCUUCAGUUUGGUCUAUUGAGGUGAAUGCAAGCAGCAACAGAGACAAGGAUGAAUGUGAAGACGAGUGCUAUGACUGUGUUGAAUGUGAAGAAGACGAAGAAGAUGAUGGUUAUGGUGACAAAAAUGAUGAUGAGCUUGAUGAGCUGUGUGAGGAGUUGAGCAAGGUUAGGGUGGACGAGUCUAAUGGUGGGCUCAGAUUCACGGGGAAGCACAUCCGGUUCGUGUAUGACGAUGGUGAUGAGAUCAAAAGGGAGGAGCAAGUGUUUGGUUGUGAUGGCUUUUCUGGGGUCCUCAGGUUGAAAGGCUUGCCGACCCCCAAAGGGAAGCAUAUCUGGUUCCCGGAUGAAUCCGAAGGCAAAUGA